UUAUUGUUUUAAGCUACAAGCCCCGCCCAUUAUCAGCCACGCCUACUUUCACAGGAGCUAGCUAAUGAUGGCUCGAAGCAGCGAGACUGAUAUCAAAGAAACUGUUCUUGUUCUGAGCAGUAAAAUAGAUUCCACUUAUGUCCGACUGUUCAAACUGUCUCUGCUAGAGUUUGGAAUAGGAUCAGGAGCCGGAGACCUAACCUUCUUCCAAUUGUUUGAUGGACUUUUCAAUCACGAGUCUUUCCGUAACAAUCCUUCACGAGCAGUAUCUUUUACUUGUCACGUUCUCUCUCGAUUCUCCUGCGAGUCUAGUCUCUAUUCUUCUCUACAGGAUCAUGGAAAGAGGCGGUUUAGCAUGAGAGAUGAGUUCCCUCGGGUCGACUGCAGACUAAGAGCUGUGGAGUUACUCUACAACUUGAAGGAAUCAGCGAGACUUGAUGCGAUCAAUGAUCUGAUUGAGAAUCAUCUAGGAGUAGCACCCGAGACCGUUAAUACUAUAACUGAUCUCGUUAUGAUGAUGUUUCAGAGAGAAAUCGUCACUCCAGAUCAACUAGCUAUCAUUGAGAAUUACUCUAACAACUCAAACACACUGACAAGAAAUAGAUGGAGAGGAAGAAAACCUCCUGACGUAAUAAUAAGAAAAGAAGAUGAGGACAUCAAGAAAGAUGUUAAAAAGCAUAAGAGAAAGAUAAUACUAGGUUUUAUUUUCGGGUUUGUUUCCGCUAUUUUGCUAGUAACAGCUCUCGUUUCUUAUUCAGUAACUUUCUUUAUUCAGCCCCAGUCCUCCUCCACUUCACCCCGCCCACUGAUACUAACUCAACCUAACUUUAAGUACUUUAUAAACGUGACCAAUCCCACGGAAAUUGAAUUAAUAACUAACUUGACCACACCUCUAUCAGUUCACACCUUUCCCUGUGAUGAAGCUAGUACUAGUACAACAGUAUUGAGUCCGUUUAGUUUGAGACCAAUGAAUACUUCAUAUGUUAUAUCUCAGUCUGUUAAGUACAGGGGGAUUACUACUGGUAUAUGGUUACUGGCUGGUUCAAGAUUGGUCUAUGCUGUUAAUGUAACAAUUCAAAAUGAAAGUGUUUGUCCUUAUCCGGUCUUGCAACCACCAGAUCCUGAUGAUUGUUUAAACCUCUUUUUAUUCAAUUCCAGUGAAGAGAUAAACAAAUUUUCAGAUUCUAGUCCGGCAGAUCAUAGACUGGCCACGUUCAUCGACAACUCCUCGUUUUGUUUUGAAACUUUAAACGAUUUCUUAUCUUCUGAGCUGAUCUUUCAUAUCAAUGACGAUGGUAUCUAUUUCGUUGGUUACAAUUAUUCCAGUAACUACUGCACUACACUCUCAGUUACUGUAUCAGGCAGUGCAGUGAAUUACGAGGCUCCUAGUGACUCCACUCAAGUCUGCUCUGGUUUCUCUAGUACUAACAACUGUACCAUUACAAGCUCAUGCAGUCCAUUCUGUAUCACUGAUGAAAGGACAUGCUUGUACGUUACCAAUUCAUCGGUUCACAUUGAAGAGGGAUAUAUUGCCUUUGUUGAUAGUCCUGGUCUGUUUUACAAUUAUCGUGUCUUUACCUUCUUUGCUGGAGUUGCUGUUAGUCUCCUCUUGUUUAUUUGUGUUUCUUCUUGUUUGCUCUGCUGCUGCCUCUUCUGUUGCUGCUCUCUCUACGACUGCUUGAAGGAGGAGGGGCCAUACGACUCUAACUGUAUAUGAUGUCAUAGUAUUAGUUUAUAUAUUUUAUUUUUGAAAAUGACUGAAUUAUGUGUGAUUGUAUAGACAUUAGAAUUUUAAAAUUAUUUUUAACAAAAAUUUUAGAGACACGUGGUACCACGUGGGUAAGUUUA